AGACUGUGGUCCUGAAAGAGCUACUCGAGGGAGCUGACCCCGGGAAAGAGGUACUGAAAAGAGCAGUUGUAGUGGAGGCACUGGCCUGAAGGCAUUCUGGUGGUGCACCAGAACUCCAGAAAGGAGUAGAAUAAGUCACAGCCAAGGGAUUCAGAUCAGGAGCAGUCACUAAAAGGUAGAUACUGGCUUAACAUGGAUGGUUGAAAGCGUCCUCCGUCUCCCACGAUCUAGAGUAUAAUCUUGGAACGCCACUGCUUGAGAAUAUAUAAAUGGCAAAAAUGUACAUGAAAUCCAAGAAUAUGGUGGAACUGGUCAACACACAAUCCUGGAUAGACAAAAGUCUGAGCUCUCAAAAUGAGAUGAAGGAGCAGGAGAGACCAGGCUCUUAUGGAAUGCUUGGAACCUUAAUUGAAGAGCAUGACAGUAUUGAAGAGGAAGAAGAAGAGGAAGAAGAUGGAGAGAAACCUAAAAGAAGAGGUCCCAAGAAAAAGAAGAUGACUAAAGCACGCCUGGAGAGGUUUAAGGCUCGAAGAGUCAAGGCUAAUGCUAGAGAACGGACCCGGAUGCAUGGCCUAAAUGAUGCUUUGGAUAAUCUUAGGAGAGUCAUGCCAUGUUACUCUAAAACCCAAAAGCUUUCCAAGAUAGAGACUCUUCGACUAGCGAGAAACUAUAUUUGGGCCUUGUCUGAAGUCUUGGAAACUGGUCAGACACUUGAAGGGAAGGGAUUUGUAGAGAUGCUCUGUAAAGGGCUCUCCCAGCCCACAAGCAACCUGGUGGCUGGAUGCCUCCAAAUGGGACCUCAGUCUGCCCUCCUGGAGAAGCAUGAGGAAAAAUCUCCAACUUGUAACUCUACUGUCUCUGUCCACAGCUUCAACUAUCAGUCUCCAGGGCUCCCCAGCCCUCCUUAUGGCCAUAUGGAAGCACAUCUUCUCCAUCUCAAGCCUCAGCCAUUUAAGAGUUUGGGAGACUCUUCCUUUGGGAGCCAUCCACCUGACUGCAGUACUCCCCCUUAUGAGGCUCCACUCACACCACCCCUGAGUAUCAGUGGCAACUUCUCCUUGAAGCAAGAUGGCUCCCCUGACUUGGAAAAAUCCUACAACUUCAUGCCACAUUAUACCCCUGCGAGUCUAAGUUCAGGGCAUGUGCAUUCAACUCCCUUUCAGGCUGGCAUUCCUCACUAUGAUGUUCCUCUAGAUAUGACCUAUGAUUCCUACCCCCACCAUAGUACUAUCUUCUCUGAGUAGGACAAUAAGAUAAGUACCAACAUUUCAGAAAAUGAAGUGGAGAUAUUUUCCAUAUUUCUAGUGGCUGAGCUAAACCCUCAGAGAACUUAACCCUUUGGAUAUAUAUCAUACAUAACUGUUCUAGUCCAUUCAGAACUUCCUAUACCUGCCAAUUUCCUUCUUAUUAACUUUCCACAUUGCACCAACUCCUGUAUCUGGGAUCCUCAAGUGAGCAUAUUUGAUGGUUUCUGGCCACAUGAUAAUAGAACAGAAAACCUAAGCCCUGCUCCAGUGGUGCCAAAGACUCACUGACUACUCUGCCAAUUAACUUUCCAUUUCCAGUGUUUGUUGUUUUCUGAUAAACAUGAAACAAUGGUUCUAGGUCAACAUAUCUCUUUUAUCCAUAAAAUUUAAAGUUAUAAAGCAAUAAAAAGAAAUAACAUAAAUGGCAGGAUUAAAUGAAACUAGAAGGGGCAUCAGGUACAUGUCUGUUGACUCAUAGAACACAAAAUUUGCAUGGCAUAUCUUUGUAUCUAUCUAAAUAUAACUUCUAGAGCCUAAUAAAACAACUUGAUUGUUAUUGUAAAUAACCAAAUACAUUCUUUAAGAGAUUAUCUCUACUUAUCACCAUGAGGAGAGGUAUAGAUAUCCUUUUUGGUGACUUCAAAACCAUGAUAGAAGUCUCACACACACUAUAUUUAAAACAAAAACUUAGUUCUAGGAGUCAAGCAAAAAAAAAAAAAAAAAACAUUGAAAUUUCUGAUUUCUGUGACACACAAAUAUCACAUAGUUCAUUUUUUAGCUUCCAUGACUAAAGGGCUGUGGAAAUUCUGCCAAUGUCCAGGUACUUCUGUUAGAAACAAAACUUGGUCAGGUUCACACUGUAGAGUAAGAAAAUGGUGGUUGGCUGCCAUCCCAACUAACACAUUUGAGAGAAUAUGCCCCACACCUAGCCACUGGAAAAAAUGUAGAUUUUUUUUUCUAGCAAGAUGAAUUUCACUGUUUAAAGCAAAGUGAUUAAAACCAUAGAGCUCUGUCCACUCCAGUGCCAUAUAGUGCAGAACCACAGCACCAAUCAAGCUCGUCUUCACAAUAUAAAUGUAGCUCCUUACUUCCCACCCUCCACAGAUUGUUACUUUUCCUCAUUUCCAAGAUAUAAUGUUAUUAUAUAUUAUAGCAAAUGUUUCAAGAAAAGUGACUUAGAAUUGAGAGUCAAAACUAAAGGUUAGUGAAUGCUUUUACCAGUCUGUAUCUUCAACAUGGGUUUUGAUGAGUCUGAAGAAAGAUUACUUUUCUUUAUAUGAUAUCUCUUUUCUUUGUAUUCACAUUGGCUCUGCCAAGUUUCUCUUUUCAAGAGAAAUGAGCUCUGAGCAAUUUUACUAUCAUGAUCCAUCUUCCACAGCAAUUAUUUAGGUCCAACUCAAGAAUAUAAAUAGCUUAUUUGUAGUGAUUCAGGGUACAUCUCUAGGAAUAAAUUUGAACAAUAUUAAUGACAGAUGAGUAUGCCAUUUUAUCUACCAAACUAUACAUGUAUCUUUUUUCUUUAUUGUUCUUAUUUAUUUCUUCACACUGUGAGUUAUUCUAUGUCCAUCUUAUUGUAGCACUUAUUCUGUCUACUUUGAAUUUUUAAACUACAUCAUCACAUUGGUUCCUCCCACCUUGUAUUGUCCUAGUGGUAAUAGGCAAGGAGAAUUAUUUAUAGAGUCAUUCCAUGCAUUUUUAAAAGAAUUUGCUGUUACUUACCUAGCAUUUAUGUUUAUAAAUAAUAAUUGCUAUCUGCAUUAUUUAUUAGAUACUAUUUAUUUAAUUUAUUUAUAUCUUCUUUUUAUAUAAAAUUUGAGUCUCAUAGAUAUAUAUGCAACUUCUUAAAGCUUCAUUGGAAAAGUAACUUAUAAGAUUGGAUUGAGAGGAAAGGAGAAAAUCAGUUCUUGAUUGCUUGUGAUAGUUUUAUAAAAAAGAGCAAUAAUUUGAAUAGCUAUGCAGUUUAAUGGCUUUAUAUUUUUCCCUUUAAGGUGCACCAGAGAUACAUAUUGUUUAUGCUGUUGGAGAAUGUAGUGUGUAUGAACCAAGACUCUGUAGAAUUGUGAAGAGAGAUUUUAUAUUGAAUACAGAUUUAGUAAUGUAUCAUGCUUGGAAAUAAGUCAUUCUUUAAAUGUAUAGUUUUCUAAGAACGUUUUCAGGUAAAAUGAAGCAAUUGUUUAAAAGAAAUGAUUUUUCUCUCCUUUUUUUUCCAGUAGCAAUAAAG